AUGGCCCCUACAUCGGAUAACGGCAAAGGUUGGGGCAGAUUUGGCGUUCACACCCGAAAUGGUGAAAGGCAGGAGAGCACUGGAAAUGGUGGACACGCCAAACCUGCCAAUGCCCAAACAAUUAUAAAGAAACUUCACACUGCUGCCCUGACGAAGACUUUAGUUGGUGAAGACCACAAGCCCGUGCCGGAGUCUAAUGAGCCGGAGACAGAGUCGGAAACUCCUCAUCUCAAAGUCGCCUGGAAUGCAGCGGUGAAGCCCAUCUCUGUCGCCAAAAUAGCGCCACAACUUGAUAUGGACAGCGCACUGGUCAACAUGAAUCGGGAGCAGACGUCUUCUGAACCGUCCAAGUCAAGCCAGGUGCCACCGUCAGGGGAUCAGUUGCCUCGGACAUGGGACCAGGUCCCACCGACAUGGUUACAGGAACUGACGGAGGAACAUAUUGAAGCCUUUAAACAGAUUUUUGACCUGCUUGAUAAAGACCACGGUGGGUUCAUUGAUGUGGAUGAGUUGAAUGAAGGCUUGAAGCGUGUUGACAGCCAGGUGACCAGAGAGGAAGUGGAAACUAUUCUAAAGCAGGGCGACAUAGACAAGAGCGGCGGGAUCACCUUUGAUGAGUUCCUGUAUCUGAUGAGCCACGUGGAUAAGGAAGAACAAAGUUCAAUUAGCUCCGACGAGUCGAAAAAAAACCCCAAGCUAGCGUCGUUAACGAAACGCGUGUGCUUGUUCUACUCGGCGAUCAACCGUUUUGCCAAAGAGAAGCCACCGCCGACAUACCACUUACCUCAUGUUCUGAAGCACUACACUGCCGGCGCUCGCCUGGAGGGCCUCACCAGUCGACAGCUCAACCAGAAUUUAGAGAUGCUGGCAGGUUCUAUAGAUGAGAAGGACAAAGAUUCUCCGUAUUCCAAACCGUUGAACAUGCCCCCUGAAACAACAAAAAGGCGCUCGAAAAAAGAGGGUCGUGCCAAACGCAAGGAGGCUUGGUUGGCGAGGGAACCAGUGGUUGUACCAGAUGGGAUCUCCCGACCAAGUGCAAUUGGCCAUCAGAGCAGUAAAAAAACGGAUACCAAAAGGCGCAAAGAGGGAAACAGAGUCAUAGGCGCUGCACAGCCGGGACAUGGCACAUCGGCUGGCGUUGACAAGAAACCGAAAACAGAUGUGAGUGAGGAUGACGUCAUCAUCAGCAUGCAGGUCCCCGAUCAGGGACAGGAGAUCUCCCCUGGUGAGGAACUAAAGGCCGCCAACCAAGCUGGGCGAAAGGAGGUUAAAUACCGAAGAGGCUGGAGCUGGCGACCCCCAAAAGCUGCCAAGGACAAGGUCGACGCCCCGGAGCUAUUCGUCAAGUACAAAUACCACGAACCCACCAUUGAUGAUCUGCCUGGAAUCAGAAAAAAGGUCAAACAGGUUAUGGACGACUACUAUAACAGAGUGAGACAGGCGUCUGUGGCUAGGUCCGUCAAGAAUUGGGGACCAAAUGUGCGCCGAGGGUAUGGUGGACUCUAUCGACCAUGUUUGGUUCAGGUCCGUCUACCGCACGUACUCUCCAUUCAACCCGGCCGAAGCCAGCAUCGCCAGUCAGUGGAUUCCUACUCGACGAAUCAACGGAGAAUCCAAACCUAAAUUAGUACCGUUUACAUUCAUAGUGUGAAUAUUAAUAUUUAUUUAUAUAGGGUAAAACACAAUAAAAUGUAAUGACAAAUGCAAAUUCGCAAGUACCGUUGUAUGAAUUAAGACGUAAGUCGUAAACACUAAUUACCAGG